UUCAACUACACACCUGUCUGUCUGACUUCCAAAAUCUUCUUCUUCAGUCUCCUUCUCUCCUGCUUUUACUUUCCUUGUAACUCUUAUCACCGAUGGGGAUCUCCUUUAGCACCAACAGAAGACGACAGAACAACCGCCGUCACCUCCUCCUCCACCACCACCACCAUCCUCCACCGCCUUACUAUUAUCUCGAUCCUCCUCCUCCUCCACCGCCGCAGCCAUUUCAACCGCAUUAUGACUACAACUACUCAACUUACCACAUACAACCACCACCCCCGCCACAGAUCAACACUUGUUCCUACGGCCAUCCUUACCAUUACUACCCUCAACAUCCUCAGUAUCUCACCACCGCACAGCCCAAUUGGUGGGGUCCAACGAUGAGACCUGGAUUUGUCUGCCCGCAAACGCCAAUGCAGCCUCUUCCACCACCUUACGUGGAGAAUCAGAACGCCAAGAAGGUGAGGAACGAUGUCAAUGUGCAUAGAGAUACGUUGAGGCUCCAAGUAGACGAGUCUGUCCCUGCCCACCAUCUAGUCUCAUUCGUCUUCGAUGCCAUCUUCCACGGCAGUUUCACUAUCACCUUCUUUGCAGAGGAGGAACCAAACUGCACGUUCGUCCCGCAGUUUCCAGAGGUGUAUCCACCGACAAGGUUCUCUUUCCAGAAAGGUCCUGGACAGAGGUUUCUACAGCCUUCAGGGACAGGAACCGACCUGAGCUUCUUCGCUCUUGACGAUCUGUCAAAACCCUUAGAAGAAGACGUGUACCCGCUCGUUAUAUCAGCUGAGACGGUGAUCUCUCCAUCAUCAUCAGUUCAUAAGCAAGUCACGCAGGCGGUUCUUGAGAGAGACAGCGAUGGAUCUUUCCAGGUGAAAGUUAUGAAGCAGAUUCUUUGGAUCGAAGGAGUUCGAUAUGAACUGCGUGAGUUGUAUGGAUCGACCACUCAAGGUGCAUUCGGGUUAGAGGACAGUGGUUCGGGUAAAGAAUGUGUGAUCUGUAUGACUGAGGCUAAGGACACCGCUGUGCUGCCUUGUAGACAUUUGUGCAUGUGUAGCGACUGUGCUAAAGAAUUGAGGCUUCAGUCGAAUAAAUGUCCGAUUUGUAGACACCCUAUCGAGGAGCUCUUAGAGAUCAACGUGAACAGUAGUAGGGAUGAACAGCAUUUUACUUGAAGAAGAAGGUUCUCCUUUUCUUUUAUUGGAAGUCUUCCAUGUCCGAAUAUGUAUUUUUGGAUCAUUGUUGUGUAACUUCAUGCCGCAUGUAUAUUUGUUUUUGUUAAAACUUUGUAUGUGGAAGAUACAAGUAGUAGUCUAUGUAUAUUCCUCACA